ACAAUGACCUCUAUAUAGUGGCCUCUAUACUGUGAACCAGUGCUGGAGUGGAGAGUCUAUCUGGUACUGAAAAUCCUUGGAUCGUUCAUCCGAAACAAUAAGGAAGAAAAUCAUGAAGGCGAUAGUAAUCACAGAGCCGGGGGGACCGGAAGUCCUGAAGUUGCAGGAAGUGGAGGAUCCUCAGAUCAAAGAUGACCAAGUUUUGAUUAGGAUUGCAGCCACCGCCCUCAACAGAGCGGACACCAUCCAGCGGGUGGGUAGGUAUGCCGCUCCUAAGGGUGACAGCGAAUAUCUCGGUCUAGAAUGCUCCGGAAUCAUAGAAGCAGUCGGCAAAAAUGUUGAUCGGUGGAAAGUUGGGGACCAGGUUUGUGCACUUCUUGGCGGAGGAGGGUAUGCAGAGAAAGUUGCUGUCUCUGCAGGGCAAGUUCUUCCUAAUCCUUCAGGUGUUUCUCUUCAUGAUGCAGCUAGUUUUCCUGAGGUAGCGUGCACGGUUUGGUCCACUGUAUUUAUGAUGAGCCACUUAUCCGAGGGGGAAACUUUCCUGAUACAUGGGGGCUCCAGUGGCAUUGGUACAUUUGCAAUUCAACUGGCUAAAUACCGCGGAAUCAAAGUUUUUGUCACUGCAGGAAGCGAGGAAAAACUAGCUGCUUGCAAGGACCUCGGAGCUGAUGUUUGCAUCAAUUACAAGACUGAGGAUUUUGUUGCCCGAGUAAAGGAAGAAACUGGAGGAAAAGGUGUUGAUGUCAUAUUAGACAACAUCGGUGGUCCUUACUUGCAGAAGAAUCUGGAAGCUCUGAAGCUCGAUGGGAGGCUGUUCAUAAUAGGUUUCAUGGGUGGAUUUGUAUCAGAAAUAAGCCUCGGCAUUGUCUUCGCCAAACGCCUUACUAUCCAGUCCGCAGGAUUGCGAAGUAGGAGUCCCGAAAACAAAGCUCAAAUUGUGAGGGAGGUGGAGGAAAAUGUCUGGCCAGCAAUUGCUGCAGGCAAGGUAAAACCUGUUGUAUACAAAAGCAUGCCAUUAGAACAAGCUGCAGAAGCUCACAGGCUUAUGGAGAGCAGCAAGCACAUCGGGAAGAUCAUCCUUGUCGUACCGUGAGAUGUCCCUUUUAAACACUAUUGUUCGAAUUUGCUGAAAAGUUACGCAAUGAAUGGCACCCGAAAACAUGUGUGCAUAUAUCUAAAUAUCGUGAUGCGAUACGAGUUCAAGAACUCUUAUUUCUGGAGAACAUAUAACAUUUGGAAGCAGACAGAUGUUUCGGGUUAUAAAUCUGCAUUUAUUA